AUAUAUUGUGAAAUUUCACCAAAAUCAGUUAAAAAAAUCUGGCUUUUUAGGAUGGGAAAUGGAAGCAUUAUAUUCAUCUGCAGAACAGGUAUUGUUGUGUAAUACUUGCUGCUUGCUCCCGAGUGACCAGCUGUCAUUUUGGGAAAGUACUGACUGUACUAACUCACAGAUAAGCAGCCGCAGCCAUUGCGUAUCUUGUCACGCUAUUGCCGUAACUGUUGGGCACUUCCUCAAACCCGGGGGGAGACUCAAACCUGGGGGGAGACCACCAUAUAAGGGAACGAACAGAAUAAUAGAAGCCAAUUGGCUCACAGGGACACUGGCAAUUGUGUCAGUCUUAUAAAACAACCAAGGAAUCCGGAAGAGAACACUCCGGAGUCCGAGACUAAACGAGCACGGUGGAAUCUGGCCAAUUCUCUCUCAGUCUCGCGAACGCCCACCGAUAUCCAAAACCCAGGGCGACCCCUCCGUAUCCCGAACGAGUGAUCUCUCCCAGGGGAGCGAAUAACUGCAGUAUCUGUAACAGCUUUAAGAGAACUAAGCCUCACUACCAAUAUGAUGGGAACAGCUAUGGGCACUAAAAUGGCCCCACAGUAUGCCAACCUUUUUAUGAGCCACCUGGAAGAAGACUUCCUCAAGAACUGCACCAUCAAACCCUUGCUAUGCUUAAGAUACAUCGAUGACAUCUUCAUCAUUUGGAGUGAGAACCUGCAAUCUCUGAUUGAGUUCCAUCAGAAAUUCAACAGUCACCAUCCCUCCAUCUGACUUUCUUUAGAAUACUCCAGCACCAACAUCUCCUUUUUAGACACAAUGAUCAGUAUCCCGAAGGGUAAAAUACAGAACACAGUAUACAAGAAACCCACAGACCAACAUACAUAUCUGCACAGAACCAGCAAUCACCCUAAACAUACCAAAAAAGCUGUGAUAUACAGCCAAGCCCUCAGAGACCACCGCAUUUGUACUGAAGAGAACACCCAGGAUUGCCACCUCACCAAUCUUAAAAAGACUUUCACCCAGCAAGGACACUCCUCCAGAGAGGUACAUCGCAAGUUUGAAAGAGCCACCUGGAUACCAUGUGAAGAACUGCUGCAGUACAGAAGAAAAACACCCACAAAUCGCACACCGCUGGUUAUGACGUAUCACCCAUCCCUUGAACCUGUACGGAAAAUCCUCAAAAAAUUGCAACCCAUACUAGACAGAGACCCUAUUCUUAAAAAGAUCUUCCCAGAGCCACCCAUCCUAGCCUUCAAACAAGCACCGAACCUCGCCAACCUCAUUACCAGAAGCAAACUUCCUCAAGCCCAGAACACACCAAAAGGAUCCAGACCGUGCCAUGACAAGAAAUGCAAAACCUGCCCACACAUCUCCACCACCCCCACAAUUACUACACCCCACAACAGAGCCAUCAGCAUCCCAGGAUCUUACAGCUGCACCUCCAGAAAUGUAGUAUAUCUCAUCCAAUGCACCAAGUGCCCUGAUGGAAGAUAUGUAGGAGAGACCAGACAAGAACUGCGCACCAGAAUGAACGCACACCAGAAAUCCAUCAAAGACAGAAAUACCCAAUUACCGGUGGGGGCACAUUUCUCACAGGAGGGCCACUCUCUCUCCAAUCUCUCAGUCCUGGUCCUCAAGGGAAAUUUACACAACUUCCCAGAGACAAGCCUAUGAGCUCCAUUUCAUCAACCUGCUGGAUACUAGAGAUCAGAGACUAAACAUAGACAUUGGAUUUUUGAUACAUUACAAUCUGCCUGGCAACUGACUCCCCAGCCCAGCCCAGCCCCUGGCUUCUUUACUUUUCAUUCCAUCCAGGAAGAGCACGCAGCAACUGCUGCAGCUUCCUUAGCCUGACGAAGGGUUUUUGAAUCCGAAAGCUUGCUUAAUAAAUAUUCUCCAACUAUUUGGGUUGGUCUAAUAAAAGAUAUCAAAUGCACCCAAGGAACCUUGUCUGCCUAUGUCCUUAGACCAACACGGCUACAACCUAAAUCCCUGCAGCAACUCGUGAUGCAUUUUAAAUUGGUUGGCUGACAGCAAACAGGUGCUGGCCUCCAUUGGACCAAGUAAGUUAAGGACUGCCCAGGAGGAGGAAGCAGCAGCCAUGAGGAACACUGAGAGAGUGAGAGAGUGAGAGGCAGGCUGAACCAUCUGAAACUUGCUCUCUCAAAACUCAUGAUCAAGGAACUGCCUGCCUCUGGAUGAUACUUGUGAGUAAGCUACCUGAGAUCUAACUAGAUAUAUAGCUUGCAGUAAGUCUGAUGCGUCAUCAAAGGCUACCCAGCCAUGCCAGUUUGCUCUAUGGGAUUUCUCUGAUAUUGCUCUACCCUGUAGCCUAUUGCAACUCUACGCCUUGUAACCAAUAAAGUUCUCCUUUGUA